UGCGGCGCCCGCGGAUGACGCCCGGGCCGGCGCUCCGCAUCCGGGCACGCCCCGGCGCGCCGGGCGGAGCGGAGCGGAGCGGGGCGGCGAUGAGCACGGACGACUUGAUCGAGACGUUCAGGGCGCAGCUGAGGGACGACCCCGAUGUGGCCUCGGCCGUGGCCGCCAUCCGAGCGCUGCUGGGAUUCCUCAAGCAGGACCGAGGGGAGACCAUCCAGGGCCUGCGGAACAGCCUGCGGGACGCCAUCGACACCCUGUCGCGGGUGGACUCCUCGGUGGCCGUGUCCUCCGGCGGGGAGCUCUUCCUGCGCUUCAUCAGCCUCACCUCGCUGGAGUACUCGGACUACUCCAAGUGCAAAGAAAUCAUGAUCGAGCGCGGGGAGAUCUUCCUGACCAAAGUCUCCUUGUCGAGGAAUAAAAUCGCCAAGCUGUGUCACCCUUUCAUCAGAGACGGUGCUCGAAUUCUGACCCACGCCUACUCCAGGGUGGUCCUCAGGGUGUUGGAAGCAGCUGUGGAGUCCAAGAAGCGAUUCAGUGUUUAUGUCACUGAAUCACAGCCAGAUGAAGCAGGGCAAAAAAUGGCAAAAGCUCUGAGGAAGCUGAACAUUCCGGUGACUGUGAUUCUGGAUGCUGCAGUUGGCUACAUUAUGGAGAAAGUGGACCUGGUGUUAGUUGGUGCUGAAGGUGUAGUUGAAAGUGGAGGCAUUAUCAACAAGAUUGGCACCAAUCAAAUUGCUGUGUGUGCCAAAGCCCAGAACAAGCCAUUUUAUGUGGUAGCAGAAAGUUUCAAGUUUGUCAGACUCUUCCCUCUCAAUCAGCAGGACGUCCCUGACAGGUUUAAGUACAAAGCAGACACUCUGAAAACAGGUCAGAACCUAACAGAGGAGCACCCCUGGAUUGACUACACCUCCCCAUCACUGAUCACUCUGCUCUUCACAGACCUGGGUGUGCUGACUCCUUCAGCUGUCAGUGAUGAACUCAUCAAACUCUACCUGUAGCUCAGAGACUCCUGCACAGGAUGUGUCAUCUUCAUGACUGCCAGGGUUCUAAGAACUUGGAGGAUGAUACGUGAGCAUGGCAAGGAAAUGCCAUUAGAAGGAUUAACAUAAUUAUGGACCACUGUUGAAAAAAUUCCCAAAGUUCUUACAGCUCCUAAAGGCCGCAACUAAAUUAUUUUAAAGAGGGAUGGAAUAUUUUGAUACUGUAAAAUAAAAUCCCUUAUGGUGUAUCCAGA